AUGCGUCGGCGAUCGCUUCCCGGCGGUUCAGCUAUGGGGAAUCCUGGUAGGCACGAGAAGGAUGGAAGCAUGAAGGCGAUGGUUAAAUUUGAUGGUGCUCACAUCUCGCCCAUAAAAAGGCACAAUAAUCAGUCCAAGGUGGCGCCGGAGGAGUUGCAGCCAAUUUGGGAGGAGUUCCAGCCGAUCUAUCUGAAUGGGAAGGUUCAGUUUGCAGACUGCCUCCACUGCCACAACCGCCUCGGCUACAAUGGGGAUAGCUUUCUGCGCCGGCAUCUGAAAACCUGCCCAGCCAAACCGGAAGCGACGUCGGCCGAAGUGACGGAGUGGAUGUCGCCACAGGAUUCCUGCCUCCCAAUUGUGACGACCGACGACAUAAGCUCAGUAAGUCCCUUAAAAUGGAGGUCCAAAAUAUGGGAGGGUUUCACACCCAUCUUCGUUGAGGGGGAACUGCAGGGUGCAGAUUGCAUCCAUUGCCACAAGCGCCUCAGCAAACAUGGAGGCCAUCUGAAUCGACAUGCUCUAGCAUGUUCAAAACGACAUGGGCAUGACCACAGUCAUCAGAAGGGUAACCGUUCUAGUCUACCUAAAUUGAAGUCCAGGGUGCGAGACGAGUCUUCACCUGCCAGGAAAGCUCAAAUCACAAAAUGCUCUAGCAAGCUCCGCAGGGCUAGCAGCUCCAGUGGCAUCACCUAUCGGCCCAUUCAAGUGGUGUCAGAUCAUCUAUCCCUACCAGCACCAGAUGGUACAAAAUGCUCUAGCAAGCUACGCAGGGCUAGCAGCUCCAGUGGCAUCACCUAUCGGCCCAUUCAAAUGGUGUCAGAUCAUCUAUCCCUACCAGCACCAGAUGGUUCAAAAUGCUCUAGCAAGCUCCGCAGGGCUAGCAGCUCCAGUGGCAUCACCUAUCGGCCAAUUCAAGUGGUGGCAGAUCAUCUAUCCCUACCAGCACCAGAUGGUGCAGGGCUGAAGAAACAGAAGACCUCGUCUAUGACUAAUGCAACUGCCAUAAGCACCAGCAAGUUUGGUCAAGAUUCACCUUAUCAAGAUAUCGCCAGAUUGAUAACUUUGCAUGGUUAUCCUUUGUCAAUUGUGGAGAAUGAAGAUAUGAGAAGAAUUUUAAAGAACAUCAGUCCCAUGACUAACAAAGUCUCUCUUAGUGAUAUGGAAGAACAUUUACUUGCUCUGUUUCAGAAGAAGAAGAUAAACGUCAAGGAUGAAAUUGCACUUACCUCCCAGCGUAUCUCGCUAUCAGCAAGCAUCUGGACUCAUGAUGGACCUGAGCCAGCAGUAAAUUACCUCUGUUUGACAGCACAUUUUAUUACUGAAGACUGGAAAAUUCACAGAUUAGUAAUCAAAUUCGGCAUGUAUUGGUGCUCACCUACUAAUUUGGAAAGGAUAAUACACUGCAAGGAGGCUUGUGUUCCAGAGUCGGAAAGUGGAUCAUACAAUGUCAUAUGGGAUGCAAUCAGAGACUGGAAUCUUGACCAGAAGAUUUUGAGCCUGACUUCAGUUGGUGAAAUCAAGAAUGAUGCAAAUACCUUGAAGCUCAAGGAGAUGCUCAUAAACAAGAGGUGCCUUCCCAUCAGAGGCAAGCUGUACAACAUUGCUUGUGUGGAUGAUAUGCUAAACAGUGUUGUUUCUGAUGGACGAUCAUAUAUACUUUUCCUUGUUGGUGACAUAGUAAAGGACUUUUUUGGGGCAUGUGCAUCUUCAUCAUCGAUGCAACAGCAGCUUCUGGAAGUUAUUUCACAGAUGAGUUUGAAAUGUCCGCAAGAAGAUGCCAAGUGGUGGCACAAGUUAUAUUUUAGGCUUGAAGUUGUGUUGCAAUUCAACAAGUUGUUUCCUGCUGCAGAAGUGCUGUCUCCAGAAGAUAUGACAGCUACUUGGUCUAUUUGCAAGAUUUUGAGGACAUUUUAUCGUGUCAUCGAAGUAAUUUCUAGCCCUAGCUCUCCGACAGCAAAUGUAUACUUCAGCGAGGUAUGGAAAGUGAGGACAGUUCUGCAAGAAGAAGCAUCAAACGAUCACACAGAGAUUGUGACUCUGGUCAUGGAGAUGCAGGAAGCGUUCGAUGAGUAUUGGCAGAACUCAUACGUGUGGCUGUCAAUACCUGUCGUGUUAGAUCCAAGAUUCAAGAUGAGCUUCAUUCAAUUUCGUCUGCAACGGGCUUACAGCACAGACUCACUGGGCUACUUAUCUGAAAUACAUGAUACAGUCCAGGAACUCUUCGAUGAAUACUACGAUGCUACAGAGCAGCUGAGUGGCGUCCGUCUUUUAAGGAGUGCAGCUUUGGAUACAGCUGAUAAUGAUCCUUUGGAAGAUUGGGAUGAGCAUCUCAAUUGCCAGAUGUCUUCAGAACUUGAGGACUACCUUGGGGAGGUUCUAGUCCCAAGAAAAGACGAUUUCGACAUUCUUAAAUGGUGGAUGGAACACGCCACGAAGUACCCCACACUUGCUGCUAUUGCCCGGGAUGUCUUAGCGAUGCCGGCAUCUGCUGUUCAAUCUGAAGCAGCAUUCAGUAGCAGCGGGCCAGUAAUUCCAAAGCAUCAGAGCACACUGAGCAUCGAGACGAUUGAAGCACUUGUGUGUAGUCGAGAUUGGAUGAGAUAA